CGGCUCAGUAUCCACAGAGGGGCUGUGGCAGAAGGAGGGCUCAGAACAGACUCUGCCACUCAGAUCACCAUGUACAGCUUCAUGGGUGGUGGCCUCUUCUGUGCCUGGGUGGGGACCAUCCUGUUGGUGGUAGCCACAGCGACUGACCACUGGAUGCAGUACCGGCUGUCGGGGUCCUUUGCACACCAGGGCCUGUGGCGAUACUGCCUGGGCAACAAGUGCUUCCUGCAGACGGAGAGCAUCGCAUAUUGGAAUGCCACCCGGGCUUUCAUGAUCCUGUCUGCCCUGUGUGCCACCUCGGGGAUCAUCAUGGGUGUCCUAGCGUUUGCGCAGCAAUCCACCUUUACCCGCCUCUCCAGGCCCUUCUCUGCUGGCGUCAUGUUUUUUGCCUCCACCCUUUUUGUCCUGUUGGCCUUGGCCAUUUACACCGGAGUCACCGUCAGUUUCCUCGGCCGCCGCUUUGGGGACUGGCGCUUUUCAUGGUCUUACAUCCUGGGCUGGGUGGCCCUGCUCAUGACCUUCUUUGCAGGAAUUUUCUACAUGUGUGCCUACCGGAUGCAUGAGUGCCGGCGCCUAUCCACCCCACGCUGAGCCCUGGGGUAAAACUUGCAGCUGGAAGUUACAAUGAGGGCACUGAAGAGGAAGGGGAGGACCUAGAGGCCAGAAGUCUUGGCUCCUGAGGGAAUGAGGGGGCUCAGUCCUGGAUUCUAGAUAGGGAGCCCCUGAUCCCUCUGCCCUGUGUGGGGAGGAAAAGUAGGGUCAAGUGGGAGGGAAUUGAGAAGACAUAAGCCCCCACCUGCCCUGAGGGAUGGUAGAAAAAUGGAAACUCCUCUAGAGAGACAUUUGGGGAAUCUAAUAAAACUGAUGUGAAACUAUCAA